AUGGCCGAAUUCUCGGAUACAGACUUGUGCGCGAUUCCGCUGGGGAAGCCGCCCGAGGGCCAAGUGUCCAACUUCGUGGACCCGCCGAGCCUGAGCCGGAUCAACAUCGUCAUCAACGGCACCGUGAUGGCAUCGACGUUUCUCAUUGUGGCCGGGCGACUCUUCGUCAAUCGGAUGAUGAAGAUGCUGACGUGGAGUGACUAUCUCGCCCUGAUGGCGCUUGUGCUUUCGCUCACUGAGGCCAGCUUGAUGCUUACCCAGCUCCGUCUUGCACGGCACGCGUGGGAUAUACCGGUCUGCUGGCGACUGGGGAACGCUACGAAGAUCUACUUCGCGCGGGCAUGCUUGGUCAUUACAGCCACGGCCCUUGCCAAGGCGGCCAUCUUGCUACUGUUCAACCAGAUGUUCACGGUUGAGCGGCGCGCCCAUGUGGCUAUCCUAGCCGGGCUGGUGGUGAACGGCGUGCUCUUCUUGCUCGGCAUCGCGUUCGAGUCGUAUGACGUGGUUCCAGCUCCCGGGCAGACGUGGGACCAGGCGGCUCUCAGCGACAAAUCGGACCGGUUCAGCACCUGGGCCAUCGCGACGGGGGUGCUCACCCUGCUCUUAGAUAUAUACAUCUUCGUGCUGCCCGUGCCGUUUAUUGCCAGGCUUAAUUGGUCGACCAGGCAACGGCUGAAGGCACUUGCUAUGUUCUCAACGGGUUUAUUGGCCGUCGUUACCAGUCUCACGUCCCUCGUGUACAGAGUCAGGAUGAUGGAGGAGGAGCAGUCCGACAUGACGUGGUACGCGGCGCUCGUGCUGAUGUGCAUCGUGGUCGAGGUGCACAUCGCCAUCAUUGUCAGCUCGAUGCCGGGCUUCGCCAAGUUCAUGAGGGUCUACCUGGGCGGGACGAUGACGGGAAGCAGCCGCGCGGCCGGCGGCGACUGCGAGAAGAACAAGCCGAGAACGAGGGGUGAGCGGUAUACUGAGAUGCGCGAGUCGUGGCUGUUCAAGACGACGGGGACGGCGACCGCGAUGGCGAAGGCGGACGACACGGCUGAUGCUGCUGUCGUUCCGGGGAUGCGGCCAGCGCCAGCGUUGUCAGGGGUUGACGCUGGUGCGGACAGUUCACAUUGA